AUGGAAGAAGUAACACUCCAAAUUGCAAACCUCCUAUUUAAUAAGGAGUCUUACUAUUUGCAAUUUUUCAUAGAAGAGUAUGGCAGGGACAGCCAAUUGUUGCAAUCAGAAUUUUAUUUGUUAUUUCGAUCUUCUGAUAUCGGUUUCACAUAUCUAGAACUUGAAGUCCUCUGUAAAGAUUUUUACUCUUGGAUUGAAUCUGAAAGUAAUUUUCAGUUAGAAAUUAUCUCAUUUGAAGUACUCACAAGCUGAUUCAAUGAAAAUAAUGUUUAUAGCUUCUGCAGUGAAAGUGAUACCUUAUCUCAUAGCAUUCGUAACGAGAAUGAAUCUUCAGGGACUUCAAUAUCAGUCCGGCUAAAAGACAAUCUUAAUAGUUUAUGAGACGCAGCAAAUAAAUUUAAAGAAAUAUCCAAAAAUUUAGAAGGUUGCAUUAUAGAUUUUAGGGUGCUUUCUUCACAUCAAAAAAUAGAUCAUUUAAAUGUUUUUCAACUGAAAAAGGAAAAUUAUGAGGAAGAUGAAGGGAUUUAUGCAAGGCAAGCUAUAUGCUCAUCACUUGCUACUAUAAGUAACAGGAGUAAAAAUAUCAAAAACCAGCUGGAAAAGCUGUUCAUGAUAUCUGCUGAAGAUCUUUAUAGCUCUUUGUCAGGAGUAUUCAUUGAGAUAUAG